UGUAUCUCAUUCGAUACGCUUCGGUCGAAGUGUUCGAACGCAUUAAGUAGUUUUCAAAUUUUAAUAAUAAUUAUUUUUGAAUUAAAUUUAAAUGAUAAAGAAUUAACUAUUGACAAAAAAUUAUAUAUAAGAAAAGAGUGAUUUUUGUUUUUUAAAUUUUUUCGGAAAAAAAAUAGUUUAAAAAUGCCGGGAAAUAAAAUAGUAGUAAACGACAAUUCCAAUACAGCCGAAAGAGUAAUCAAAUUUUUCGGCGAAUUCUUCGGUACAGCAGUUUUGGUGUUUUUGGGUUGCCAAGGAUGCGUUAAAUUGACAGCAAUCGGCCAACCUCAUGAGUCAAUAGCCUGGAUUUUCGGUUUAGCCGUGAUGGUGGCGAUUCAGUGUUUUGGUCACGUUUCCGGUGGUCAUAUCAACCCUAUAGUAACAUUAGCUGCUGCUAUCUUAGGGCAUUUACCUUUAUUGUUAGUUCCGAUUUAUUUUUUGGCUCAAUUUUUGGGGGCUUUAGCCGGAUACGCCACUUUAAUGGCUAUGACUCCACCUGGAAUUUUAAAAGGCCCCGAAGCUGCAGUAGGAACUUGUUCCCCAGCUUUUGGCCCGGGAAUCACCGCCCCACAAGCUUUAUUAAACGAAUUCGUCCUCUCUUUCAUCCUAACAUUAACGUGUUGUGCUGUUUGGGAUUGGAGGAAUACGGAUAAACAUGAUUCUGUGACUCUUCGUCUUGGAUUUAUGAUCACUGUUUUAGCAAUGGCUGGUGGACCUUAUUCUGGUGCUAACAUGAAUCCGGCAAGAAGUUUUGCCCCGGCUUUAUUAAACGGAGAUUGGGCCGGUCAUUGGGUAUAUUGGGUUGGUCCGUUAAGUGCUGGAGCAGCUGCAGCUAUCUUGUACAGGUUUGCUUUUACAAAAUCUCAACCGGAAAAAACGAGGACACCUGAAGGAAUCCCAUUAAACGAAAAGGCUUAAAAUUCAAUUUAUUUUUAUGAAAAAUGUUUAUUAAAAUUGUAAAAUCCGAACGGAGUUUUAACCUAUUCAGGUACAAAUCAAUUUUUUAACGUUAUUAUCAUUCGAAUAGAGUUAGUUUGUAUAAAAUGAAAUGAUCGCAUCUUGUAUAUAACUGUUAAAUAAAAUAAAUAUAAAUACUUAUCUAAUGUUAA